AGAAGCACGAAGACAACCACGAAGAUGUGAUUUGAUGAAUUCAGUGACUUUUGCAAAAUCAGUUGGUGUUUAUUCGGAAAAGCAUCUCAAAUUCUUAUUCCGAUGCGGCGAUCAUCAUCGUCGACUCCCGCCUCUAAUUUAUCAUCGGUCCAGCGGCAGCAAAUCUUGCCCAUUAUAUAGAUUGGCCUGUAACUUUCUCAUUCCUUUUCGAUGAGUCGCGUUGAAACCUGCAGAAAAGCGGAAGAAAAAGCUGAUGACUGAUGACAAAUGUUGAUCCAUUAUCUCGAAAAUGAUGCGCAUCUCUGACGCAAUUGGCUCAACUCUUUUAACAUUCAGGUAGAUCCAAGUAGAUAACAAGUACAUAGUUUACAAAACUGCAUCAGUGGCAAGAGGGGCGCAAAUUAUAGAAAACUGAAUGGUUCCAGCAUGGCCGCCGCCGCGGCUCUACCCUCUGCUGCUGUUGGCUGCGGUGGCCACCUUUGCGGCCGCCUGCAGAAUCUCCGAGUUCCAGUGCCGAAAUGGACGCUGCGUCCAACUGGACCGUUACUGCGACGCGCACGACGACUGCGGCGACAAUAGCGACGAGCCAAAGUUUUGCACAGCGUGCAACCGGACGUACUACGGUGACGUGGGCAAGACGUACGAGCUGGAUCUGCAGAAGCCCCUGGAGAACCGGCUGCCCUUCCUCUGUCAUCUCACGUUCACCGCCAACGGACACAUUCACGGAGACCUCGUCCAGUUGAUUUUCGACGCGUUCCAAGUGGGUCGUUACGAGGCAACCUCUUUUGACGGCUGUCCCGAUGGCUCGAUGCAACUGUCCGAGCUGGGCCGCCCAUUCACCGGCGGCUCGUGGUGCGGCUCGUCGACGGCGCCCGGCGGCCAGAACAUCUACUAUAGCGAGACGAGCACCGUGACCCUGUCGAUCCGGCUGUACCCUGGGCACAGAUCUUCAACUUCGCCGUUCGAAUUCCGCCUGCGCUACAAAUUCAUCAGCCACGAAAACGCGGUGGUGCGUUUCGGGCCGCCAGGGUCGCCCCUGGAAAGGGGGACUCCAGUUCCCGGGACAUACUGCAGCCGGAACUACGAGGAGUGCGACCGGCGGCGCUGCAGGUUGCAGUCGCCCAACUACCCUGGCAUCUACCCGCGCAACGUCACGUGCUACCUGAGCGUGCGGCAGAAAAACCUGCCCAACUGCAAGCACGCCAUGAUCGCCGUCCGGCAGGAGGGAACGCACAAAAUGCACAUCAAGCGGCGCUCGAUCGACAACGCCACCAUGUUGGCGUCGCCGUCGUCCGUCAGCGGCGCGCUCAGGGCGUGGAAGGACUGCACCAGCGACAAGGACCACCUCAUCUUCUACGACGGCGCCUCCACCGACGACCCGGUGCUGGUCAAGUUCUGCGGCGGCGACUGGCUGCCCCCCAUCGUCACCCGCGGCCCCCAAAUGCUGGUGGCCUUCCACUCGUCGCCGUUCAGUGCACCGCUCAACGAGGCGCCCACCACGUCUCUCUCGCUCAAGGGCUUCGAACUGGACGUUGACGUCAUCUUUGUCGACUCGGACUCGUUCGACUACUCCAAACACAACUACAAGUGCGAGUUCUGGAUAAACGCAACCAAAAGUAUUCUACCUGAAGAUGAUAUGGAGCCGUUCCAGGACAAGAUGGUGGAAUUUUCCAUCGCAGGCGAGGACAACGCCAAUGCCCAGCGCCGCCGAGAUUCUCGAAGUCUCCGCGGUGGCAUCCUCAACAGCCCCAGACACACUUUGUCGCCCAACACCACGUGCUCGUAUCACUUCGUGGGGCGGGUGGGCGACCGAGUGUGGAUCUCGUUCGAGUCCUACUGGCACCAAUCGCUGCUUCCCCCUCCAGGCGAGCAGAUGCCGCUUCCGCCUCCGUCCAAGGUGUCGCCCAAAGGGUUCAAACCGACCACGACCACCACCACCACAACGACCCCCGCACCCAAAAAGGGCAAAAAGAGCCAAUGUGCCUCUUGGCUCAAAAUCUGGGAGCCGGGCGUGCCGAAGCCGAUGGCCGAGCAUUGCGACACGUCGCCCAAACUGUGCGACCACGCCAUGUUGGCCAACUCGUCGCGCGUCACCCGCACCUGUGAUCCCCACGAAAGUUAUCUCUCCGUCGGGCAGAACCUAGAAAUGGAGCACAAAACCCUGCCAGGCACGGCUCUCUACCCUUCCAACUUCCGGCUCAAGUACGAAUUCGUCGACACCCGUCUCGCUGGCGAACUCUGGAAGGGCUCGGUGCCACCUGGCGAACACUCCAACAGGUGCACCAGGAUCCUGAGAACGCCCCCGAUGAAGUUCACCUCGCCCAAGAACGUUUUCCUCUUCGGCCGAGGCGGAAACACCAAUCUCUCCUGCGUUUUCCGCUUGGAGGCGCCACCUGGUCGGGCGGUCAAGGUCACCCUGAAGAGGACCUCCUUUGGGGAUGACUCCGUGAACAGAUGUGCCACCCGUCCUGACCCUUACAACAACCGACCCAGGUGCGUCAACAUCCAACCUGAACCUGACGGCCGAUGGGCCGAGUUGAGACUAAUCGAAGUUCCGUGGCGCGACGUGAGGGCGCCACAUGCCUGCGUGUGUGACAAUUCCAGCGUGGGCAUGGAAUACGAGACCUCCUCUCGCGUCCUGGAGCUGCAGUUCAUCAUCAAAGGAAUGGCCCCGAACGAGGACCACUCUGACUUCCACUUCGAGGCCCUUUUCGACACGGUCUCCACCGGUGGUCAGGACUGCGCCAAAAACCGGCGGGGAAAGGCCACCGGGGGCGAGGUCAUCUUCCACGGGCCCCCCGCACCUCCCACCCUGGCCCCAGGAGGCCUGGAGCCGACCAGGGCGCCGCUGCUGAGGACCAAGUCGCGGGGGUGCGGCCACAUGCCGUGGUUGUUGGAGGCCGAGGAGAAGCACAGCCUGUUUGUCUUGACGUGGGGCACCCUGCUGCCGCUGGAGCCCUCGCAGGUCGUCGGAGCGGAUAAUGAGCUUUCCAAAUGCACCACGCAGAACCGCAUCCUCGUCUACACGGGCAGACCCGCAAGAUUGGUGCGCGUCGUGUGUCCCGUGGCGCCGCACUCGGCCCAGCACGCGCUGCACCUGUUCUCGAACGAGUGGUGGGGCGCCGAGAGCCUCAACCUGGCGUCCCUCCCUGAGCCGGUGCAGAUGGGCGGCGAGUACCUCGAGCCGUCGCGUCCGCCGCAGUUCCUGGUCGAGUUCGUGGGCCGCGAGCCGGGCACGCACGCCAUCCAGUGGCUGGACGUGUCCAAGUCGCGCUCGACCAGCGCCGCCCUCCUCCAACCCCCCUCCGACCCCUCCCUCAGCCCCUUCUUCUACUACUCGGCCGAGAACUCGAGCGACGCCGGGCCCGAGUGUCCCUUCCGGUGUCCGGAGCUUGACGCGUGCAUCAGCGGCGCGCUCUGGUGCGACGGCCACGCCAACUGUCCCAGCGGCUACGACGAGAACGACGAGAACUGCGAGGCCUACUCGAUGACCUGGGCCUACAUCUACAUGAUCGUCGGCCUGGCCGUGCUGUCCGUGGCGUGCGUGUCCUGCGCCAUCUGCGGCCUGCUGACGGCCAACAAACGGCGGCGCUACGAAAAGCGCCGCAAGAAAGAGGACACGGACUCGUCCUACAUGGGCACCAUCCGCAGCAUCAGGAGUCGCACCACCACCGAGGACUUCAUGUUCGACCCCUCCUGACAAAACGACCCGCGGCGAGCCCAGUCGGUCGAGUACAUCCGCGUCGAGCACGAAACCACCGUCUAGGACACGCGUCAGCCGCAAAGUUACAGUUUCGGGACACAUGUAUAAAUUUCUCCGGACAGAAACACCAAAGCUUAUUAAUCCUGCUCCCUCCUCGUCUCACACGUGUGACUUUGGUGCUCUCUGCGUGCAUGUUAUUGACUCUCUCGCGACGGAGAGACGAUUUUCUAUCUCAGCUCAAGAAACGGCGAAGGAGUGACACUUUUGUGGAAAUUGCCAGUGUUCCUCUCUCGCUUCAUUUCCCGCAUUUAUGCAGUUGAAGAAUUCGCGUCCCCUCACUCUCGAACCAACCUCACGUUUUAUGGGGAUACGGAUCAUGGGCAAUCGUUAAAUUUUGCAUUUUCUUCAUUACCUUUUUUAUUAUUUGCAUCUGCGACAACGAGCGCCGAAGGCACGUGGAAGAAAUUGUGAAGUUAAUCAUAAAUUUUAUUUUUUACUUGAUUAGACGGAGAGUGAAGAAAACGCUCUGCAUUUUUUAUCUCUUUGUGACUUUUCUUAUUUUGAAACACCGAUUUUUUAUUAAUUAAUUAAUUUUUUACAUUUUCAAUACAGAAAUUUAUCCAAUUAUCCUAACUCAAAACAAAUGCGGAACAGGGUAUGAAUUAGAAAUUAAUUGCAGUAUUUAAACAAAAUAUAAAACUCUUAAAUAAAUAAACGCCAAAUUUCGGCUUUCCUGCAAUUGAAUCUUUCCGAGCAAUUUCCUUAGCGUGCUCUCGGCGCUUUCGUGGAACGUCUCCUUUUGAUUACAAUUUACGAUGCAUUGCUGCAAAAUACGCUUCUCUUUUCGUGGAGAUAAGAAGUAUAAAUUACAUAAAUUUAAAGCCUCCUUGUGUACAGUUACUGUUCAAAAAAAGAAACCUAGCGAAAAGGAAAUGCCAAAUUAGUUGAUAAAUGUGCUGCAACAAAGCCUCACACACACGACCCUCCAAGUUAGACCAACUCUAGAUGGUAACUGAAGUGCACCAAUUUAUUUAGAGGUAGAGAGCGUUUCAAUAAAAAAGGACGACAAGCAAAAACGACACUCACUACAUUUUCUAAGAAAAAGCUCAAUUAAAAUACGAUUUAAAUACUGUUGUUCAAUAUACUAAAAAAAGAGAGAUGAAAUAUUUGCAUUAAACUGAACAAGUUAAAAAUUAUGUGUUGUAUAUUUAAAAGGACAAAAAGUUGUUUGUAUCAAAACACUGACCAAGGAAGGUGACGUGCGCAGAAAAUUAAUCGAAAAGCGUGAUUUUCCGUGAAAGAGACGCGCGCAUGUGUUGUUCAUUGGGUGUGGUUUAGGCAGUUUCGUUCUUUGUAAUGUCCUAUCGGGCGCCCUUUUCCAUUACACUUAAUUUACUUUGUGAAAGGAGAGAUACACACACAGAAAGCGCUUCUAAUUGAAUUAAACUCCUUUAAUCUGGCUUUAAUUUUUGCUAAUGGACACAAAAGCCGGUUUUAUGAGUGAAAGUAACACAAAAAGAAGAAAAUAAUUAUAUAUUAUAUAGACGAUGUAAAAGUGAUCGUACGAGAGUUUCACCUGGAUUUUAACUCGCGGGAAUCUGGCCCAUCGGCUGUACAUAAACGCAAUUAUACUUAAACUCGGUGCUCAUAGCUGAUAAUUAAACCCAUCAAAGAAUAAAGAAUUAACGAGGAAGGGAAAAAAUUUAAAGGUUUCGAAUGAAAGGUGUCUUUCAGUAAUUAUUUUGUAUUCUGUACUUUGAAAUUAUAGGAUAAAAUUCAUAAAAUUUCUUGACCAAAAUGAAUUGCAACUUUAUUGAGGGAGGUUCACAUUUUUUCUAGUUUUAGGGUGAAAUCGGGAAAGGAUGAGGUGUAAUUGGCAGUGAAAGGUUACCAUUUUGAUUUUCACAUAUGUUGUUGGGGUUGUUGAAAGGUAGCUUGUCCUAAAUUUUCAGCUUAAAAUAUGGUGCGCUUUUCCGGGAAAUCGGAUUUUUCCAAAAACAGAAAAUAUUGAAUAUCUUUGCUAAAAAUGAGAAUAUAUGAAUGCUCUCUUCACUACCAGACGUAACUUUUCACGCCCGACAACUUUGCUGUUGAUUAUUUUUGUGUAGGUCAAAGGUCAAGGUCACUAAUUAGCAAAUUUCACUUUCAAACGCAAUUUUCGCAAAGAAGCACACCUUGGAUUUUUUUCGUAAUAUACAAAAAAAUGUAGCCCUAAGUGUGUAGAACAAAAUACUCGAUUUUCAGAUUGGUAACUUUUUCUGUUUAAUUGAUAUUUUUAAUUGAAAAUAAAAAACAGUGAAAAAUCACUUUUCCGCAAACGAAAUUAAUUUUCAAACAGCGAUAAUUUUUUUUCUGCUAGAGAUACGGAAAAACAUGUUAGUACAAAAAGUGUUUCUAAUGACCUAACCUAUCGAACCACGUAUCGAUCAUGUAAGUCGAGUCACUUAAGGUCAUUGACCUCAGUGACCUGUGACCUUGAAAAAUGAUUUUGCAAAAUAUUAGUUCAUUAAAUAAUGAAAAAGAGUGCGCCUGUUUUGAAACGUUUCCAAUUUUUUGCAAUAUCGUUUUUCAAGGUCACAGGUCACUGAGGUCAAUGACCUUAAGUGACUCGACCUACAUGAUCGAUACAUGGUUCGAUAGGUUAGGUCAUUAGAAACACUUUUUGUACUAACAUGUUUUUCCGUAUCUCUAGCAGAAAAAAAAUUAUCGCUGUUUGAAAAUUAAUUUCGUUUGCGGAAAAGUGAUUUUUCACUGUUUUUUAUUUUCAAUUAAAAAUAUCAAUUAAACAGAAAAAGUUACCAAUCUGAAAAUCGAGUAUUUUGUUCUACACACUUAGGGCUACAUUUUUUUGUAUAUUACGAAAAAAAUCCAAGGUGUGCUUCUUUGCGAAAAUUGCGUUUGAAAGUGAAAUUUGCUAAUUAGUGACCUUGACCUUUGACCUACACAAAAAUAAUCAACAGCAAAGUUGUCGGGCGUGAAAAGUUACGUCUGGUAGUGAAGAGAGCAUUCAUAUAUUCUCAUUUUUAGCAAAGAUAUUCAAUAUUUUCUGUUUUUGGAAAAAUCCGAUUUCCCGGAAAAGCGCACCAUAUUUUAAGCUGAAAAUUUAGGACAAGCUACCUUUCAACAACCCCAACAACAUAUGUGAAAAUCAAAAUGGUAACUUUUCACUGCCAAUUACACCUCAUCCUUUCCCGAUUUCACCCUUUAACCAAAUAAAUGGUUUAAAUCAUAAUUAUUUACCUCUAAAUUGUUAAAAUAAGCAAUUUUACUCGUGGUUAAAAAAAACUAUUUUUUUUUGCAGAAAAUUAAUAUAAACUUCAUAAAUUAUUUUCAACAAAUUUAACAACAAUUAAAAAAUCUUAAUUAAUUGAUUGAUAGCGCCUUGAAACGAAACCUUGCAAUUUUCCACCUCGAUUACGAUUUCGAAAAAUCCAGAAUCCCUCUUGACACACAACUUUUGAGCCUGGCAAAAGAUCUGUCUAUCCUCCAAUCGUGCGUGCCAAAGAAAAUUCAUUUCCCAACAGGCGUUGUUGUGAGUGACGGAGACAAUUGAACGAUAGACUGAAUUUUAGAGGUACACACGUGCAAACCCUCUGUCUACCUAAAUUUAUAGUUUCUCAAGUUCUCUUUCUUAUUCGCGCCAUUUUUGCACGGCCUGCGAGACGAGAAGACAUAACACGGCAGCCGGCAAUUUAGCAGGGCAAACACAAGAAAGUCCCCCAGCCCCGGCUGCUGCAGCGCCGAGGCGAAUUUCAUUAUCUCAUGACUGAUGUUGUUAGCUCUUCAGGACGACGAGGUUUCGUGCAAAAGAGAGAGAGAGAGAGAGAGACACGAGGACGACUCAUUACUUACAAAAUAAAUAAAAGACGCUGCUGCGCUGCCAACGUACGAUUUUUACUUCUCGGAAACGCGCCGAGAAAAGUUAUUCACUCUCACAAACUUUUUUAAAAUCGGCGUCUCUCACCCGCAAGUAUAUAUAAUAUUAUUCUCGUAUAAGAAGAAGAAAGUUGCCAAUGAAGAUGAUAAAUUUAUUACACACUCACACACUCAAAAACUCACUAAUUGCAAUUAUUGUUGUUAUUAGACUGGUGUAAAAAGUCUCUAUUUUACGAAGAGACAUUUUAGGCUUGAAUUAUUUAAUUGAGAAAGUCCUGGGUAAUUUUUUUUAAGCUCAAAAAGUAUUUUUUAAUAAUACUUUUAUUCUACAAAAUUGAUGACAAUACUGAUUUUCUACGAAGUCGAAUUACUUUAAUAUGAAAAUAAUUUUUCUUUAAAAGACUUAAUUGAAGUUUGCUAUUGAAAUUUUAACCAUCAAUUAUAAAUCAGUAACGAUUGAAAAAUAAUUUUAAUUUUUAAAAUAGUUAAAAACACUUAAUUAAAAUUUUUUUUUCAUGAAAAUGACCAAAAGAUUCUGUUUUAAAUCUAUUUAUUUUGAAAAGAGGUAAAAUUUGGAGCAAAAAGAUUUUUUCACCAGUCUAUUUAUUAUUAUUAUUCAUUAUUAAUUAAAAAAAAAAAACGUAUGUAGUUUAAUGGCAGAGUUUAUAGCAACCCGGCUCCUGUUGAAUGAAAAUAUGUCAGGGUUUUAUGAGGUGCGAGUUUAUGUUGAUCUCUGUCAUCACCGCGAGUGUGUAAAUUCAAGUCAAGUGUAUAUGUAUAUCUCACACAGAUCAGCCGGAGGAGAACAUCAUCAGGCCAUUUGUACAUAA